UAGCGUGAGAUUCACACUCCCUCAACAACAAACAACCUAAUAACAAUCUCAACAGUCUUCGCCAAAUUCAAAUUAAGCUACAGUCACAAGACAGUGAUACUAACGACUAUAACGUUACCAACCAGAAGCUGCCACGUAUGAGGAUCGAGGAACCCCUCGCCUGUCAUCCGAAAUUUCCCUUAUCCUUUACUGGUAGCCUGGUAUCACAGGAAUAAAAUUAGAAAUAUUUAAAAAGAAAAUUCAGAAUAAAAAGUCUCCUCUUCCCUACUCCUACACUGCAGUGUUGAAGAACACUCAGCCCAGCAGAAUAAUAAACAGACUUUCUCAGUCAAUUCACCAUCUAGCUUAGUUUUAUGAAAUUGUAACUUCUCGCCUCUGUUUCCUUCUUAUUAACGGAAAUGCCAUCACGAGCCUCACCUCCGCCGGUGGCGUAUUCGCAGAAUCAUCACCGGAACCAUUUUCACACCCUCCCGCCGCUUCUCGCCGGGAUAGUGACGCUAACCCUAGCUCUGCUCGUUCUCUUCGUUUUUCUUCUCUACCGCAAGCUCUCCCGCAACCGCACGGCUCCCUCUGACCUCAUCAUCAAGUCCCCAAACCACCAGCAAUGCCGAAGAUUCUCUUACUCUCUCCUCCGUCGAGCCACUAACUCCUUUGCUCCUUCCAACCGGCUUGGCCAUGGAGGUUUCGGUUCUGUCUAUAAAGCCGUUUUGCCUUCCUCGUCGCAGUCCCUCGCUGUCAAGGUCAUGGAUUCUUCCUCGGGCUCACUUCAAGGGGAGCGUGAGUUUCACAACGAACUCUCCUUAUCUUACUCUCUCAACUGCCCUCACAUUGUUUCCCUUCUCGGCUUCUCCUCGGAUCACCGUGGCCGCAGAUUUAUCCUCGUUUACGAGCUCAUGGAAAACCGGAGUUUGCAGGAUGCGUUGUUGGAUCGGAAAUGCGAAGAGCUGAUGGACUGGAACAAAAGGUUUACUAUUGCCGCAGAUGUGGCUAGGGGUAUUGAGUUCCUUCACCACUGCUGCGAUCCUCCGGUUAUUCACAGUGAUAUCAAGCCCAGCAACAUUCUGCUAGAUGCUAAUUUCAAGGCGAAGAUUGGGGAUUUCGGACUGGCGAGAGUGAAGAGCGAGGAUUUAAAUGUUAUGGAGGAGGAAAGGAAGAAGGAAGGUGUGGAAGAUAAUGGGUCGAUUUUGGAGGAGACGGAUAGUGUGAUGACUGGAUAUGAUGUUGUUGAUCAGUCGCCGGAGAGUUGCGUGAUUAGGGUAGUCGAUUCGGAGGCGUCGCCGGAGACAGUUGCGGGUGUCUCACCGGAGGUGGGUUUGGAGAAGGGGAGUGUAUCCGAGGGCUGUUUUGAUAAGUUUAGUGUUGACAGUGGCAAAGACUUGAUCUCCGGUGGUGGUAAAAAGUGGGGUUCAAGGAGAGAUUGGUGGUGGAAACAGGAUAAUGGAGGUGAGUCUGAGUCAGGCAGAGUGAAGGACUACGUGGUGGAGUGGAUUGGGAAUGAGAUAAAGAAAGAGACACCCAAAAACGAAUGGGUUGCAUCCACUAGUUCUGUGGAUAAUGGUGGGCUGACCUCGAAAAUUGAACAGAAGAAGGAAAAGGUUAGAAAGAAAGAGAAGAAUAGGAAGCCAAGGGAAUGGUGGAAGGAAGAGUUCUGCGAAGAACUCACCAAGAAAAAGAAGAAAAGAGCGCUUAAUUCGACUGGUAGCGCUGAGUUUUGGUGGCAAAAAGAUGAGGAAUCUGCGCAAGAGAGGAAGAAGAAGAAGAAGAGCAAGAGCAGUAGAAGCAGCAUUGACUGGUGGCUAGAUGGGUUUAGCGGCGAAUUGAGGAAUGGGAGAAGAAAUAGUCAGGAUUGGGCAAAUUCAGACAUACCCAAAAGCGGUGGUGUUAGUAGCACGCCGAGCAUGAGAGGAACCGUUUGUUACAUCGCUCCCGAAUAUGGAGGUGGUGGUGUACUCUCAGAGAAGUGUGAUGUUUAUAGCUUUGGAGUCCUGCUUUUGGUUUUAGUUUCAGGGAGGAGGCCCCUGCAAGUAACGGCAUCACCAAUGUCCGAAUUCGAAAGGGCUAAUUUGAUAUCUUGGGCUAGGCAACUUGCCUAUAACGGCAGGCUUUUGGAUCUUAUUGAUCCUUCCAUAGAUUCAUUAGAUAAAGAUCAGGCAUUGCUCUGCAUUACAAUUGCACUACUUUGUUUGCAAAGAUCACCGGAGAAACGGCCCACGAUGAAAGAAAUUGUUGGGAUGCUCUCUGGCGAGGCCGAGCCUCCCCAUUUGCCAAUUGAGUUCUCACCGUCUCCACCCACGAAUUUCCCUUUUAAAUCUCGGAAGAGGGCACGAAUCAGGGAUAAACUUGAACGUUUGAUAGACGCUGCUUUUUCAACUUUUCCCUGUGUUGAAGCCAACCCAACGAGGCUUCACAAACAAGUUUACUUUUGUCGUGAAGAGGGGCCUCGGCUGACAUGUUUGCUUUGCAUGACUUUUGCACCUUAGGGGCCCGGAAGAUAUAUCCUUUAUUGUUGUCUGCUACCUUUCGAAAGGUAAUAUGAUUUACGUGCUAAAGUGACAUGGAAUUCAGUAAAGAUGGAGAAAAUCUUGGUCCCAGUUUGUCAUAUUGGAUAAUGAUAUGGGUCAUAUGAAACCCUGAUGCCCACAGGCAUGAACACCCUUACACGCGCAGAUUGAGAGGGAGUGGGGGGAGAUAGUGGAAGAAAAGUGAUAUAAUGUACACAGAUAUUGUCAUGUAGUUGUUUAACCUGUUCUAUAAAGUUACCCUCAAAAAGAAAGAAGAACCUUUUCCAGAAAGUAUGUUAUUGUAUACACUAGUCGUUUUUCCCGUCAGCUCCCAUAUGUGUAUACAUCUUUUAUCCAGAAAUAUGUGGGGGAGCAAUAUGCGAGAUUCGUGAAGGGUAGGGCGUCCUUUAGAAACUAUUGAAAUUAGGUUCUGAACGGGAUUUAGAAUUUUCUACUCUCCAAUCUAUAAUACAUGGUGAAUUCAGUUAUAUAUUUCUCACGUAGAAUAGACUACACUAAAUAAAUAUUGGGUACUUAGUGUUUCUUUGCAAAAUAAUUAAAUUUGGCAUGUGUCAAGAAUCUUUAACAUGCACCCAGUUACGGCUUAAGAGUGUAAGAAAGAAAGAGAAUAGAAUGGAGAAAUAGGAAGAAGACAGGAUACCCGGCAAGAAUUCUGAGAACAGAUAGAUUUUUUUAUUUUAUUACUACUCAUCAUGAUUGAAAGACUAGAUUAUAGACCUAUAUGUGCUCCUCCGGAAAAUCAAGCCCACAAUCUAACAGAAAAAUCUUGCGAAUCUACUCUGUUUCCGGGUCUAUUCUUUUCCUCGUGAGCUCAGGCUGUGACAACAUGCUCGAAAUUAGAAGUGAAACUUGAAACAAAUUGCCUCAGUUCUGCUGUGUCAUUUUAGAUUAUUUCUCUAAUUGGAAGUAAAUGUAGAUUUCGAGAAGAAAAUCCUACAAAAAUAGUUUCAAAAAUAGUUAUUGAAUUUAGGAUUCGUCUGCCUCAUAUCUUUUUAAUUCUCACACAAAAUCUUUAA